AUGCAGGUUGCAACACUGGCAGGAGCCCGGACUUUCAUGCGGCCAAUUUCCUCUUGCUUGUUGCUUCGGAGUUUUCAACUUCCAAUACGAGAAGCGAUCUUGCCUUACAAACAGUUCCAUACUUCAAUUGUCAGACGUGACAUUGACCAAGCUGCAAAAUAUAUCGGUGCUGGUGCUGCAUGCGGGGGUGUGGCUGGAUCUGGAGCUGGUAUUGGUACCUGUUUCGGUAACCUCGUCAUUGCACUGGCUCGCAAUCCAGGUUUGAAAACCCAAUUAUUCACCUACGCCGUCUUUGGAUUUGCCUUGAGUGAGGCUAUGGGGAUAUUCUGUCUUGGAAUGGCUUUCGCAAUUCUUUUUAUAUUUUAG